CAUGGUACAAUGAAUUCCACAAGCUUUAAUCGUCUUUAUGACAAUCCUUCCAAAACCUUUGCUGUAAAGAAACAAUUAAAACAACAAAGCAUUCUCAAUACUCUAAGCAUUAUAACCCGCCUUUACACUUCGCCCACACAUCCAUUUUCUUUAAACAAAACACCCUCCACCUUCCUCACACAUCUCUAAAGCAAGAAAUAAAGUGCAGUUCAAUACAGAUCCUUUUCUUUCCAUCUUCAUAAAGCAGAUCCACUGCCUUCGACUCAUCAACAUGACUUUCCCUUGCUUAUAAACCAUUUUCUCUUCUUUCUCCCCAAGUUUGGCAUCCCCUAAGCUCCUUCUUUGCUAAGCAAAUCAACAAGCUCGUUCACCCUUAUAACCCCUCUUUUCUUUUCACCUACUUCUAACCUUCAAUUCUCUCUAAAGAACUUGAAGAAGAACUCCACUACUUCAGAACACUCCUCCUCUUGUAGAUUGAGAUGAGUGCAGAUUGGGGACCGGUCGUCGUGGCGGUGGCGCUGUUCAUUGUCCUGUCGCCAGGGUUGCUUUUUCAGUUGCCGGCGAGAAUCAGGGUGGUGGAGUUUGGGAAUAUGAAUACCAGUGGGAUUGCCAUUUUGGUGCACGCUAUCAUUUUCUUCUGCAUACUCACCAUAUUGGUCAUCGCUAUCGGUAUUCACAUACACGUUAACUGACUUUCAAUCAUCUGCUUUGGCUACCUUCAGCAGAUGAAUUGCUUCCUUUUGUUUUCUCUUUCUCUAGGACUUAGCAUAUUUCUCUCUGUUCUGCUCCAUUUUCCUGUUCUCUUUUUCCCUUUGAACAACACCUUUCUAUAUUGUAAUCUGCUAAAUGUAAACUAUAAUUUCAAUUCUUUUUGGGGGGUUGAUAAAGAAGGUAAGCUUCUGUAAAUACUCUCACGGUAAUUCCUUGAA